UGAUUCGAAAAACCACCACUAAAUGAAUAAAUCUCCGUGGACGCAGGCGUCAUCACAACCAGUCUGGGCGACAAACACUAGAGCCAGUGCGAAUGGCUGACACGAUAGACAUGGAGACAGAAUUUGGUGGAAGGCGGGAAGUCCGGCGGCGACGAUCCAGAGAUGAUGGCAUGGAGGACAAGAUUCUAGAGAAGGAAAAGAAGUUCAACCACAACGAUUUCGCCACGCGAAAGACUGUGGCCAAAGGUCUGAUGGACGUAGCGCUGUUGUCUGCCAAUGCCAGCCAACUGAAGGUUUGUCUGUCGCUCGGAGCGGACAAACAGGAGUUCUACUACCUUCUCAUGACAUUAAUCAUAACGUCGAUCAUUCUUCAAGCCUCAGCCGCCAUCUUGCUCAUCUGCCUCGGGAAGACAAACAUUAACGGGGAGGAAGGAAGUGACGCCAUAUCGGUGAAACAGCACAAGGCCAAGAGGAUGAAUGAUGCGACGACAGGCGUGGUGUUCGUCAUCACUUUUUUGAAUGUUCUCAUCUCGUCGUUUGGCAUGUCCGAGGCAAUAGACACUGAUAAAACACAUACUGUAGAAGGUGCAGCGGGUGAGGCAAUAGGGCCGCGUUAAAUAAACCACCCAUCUUCAGCCCUGUUUGUUAGCGGAACUAAUGAUCGGGUGGCAUCUGGGCAAACGAGAAGAGAGCAGUUGAAGUGCAAACAUCCACCAACGUUAAACUCCGUAAAUUUUAGCAGGAUACUGGGGUCAUGACUGGGUAGUUUAUAUGAGAACAAAAAUGCUAAUGAUUCAGUAACAUGACGCAACAUUACGUAUACAAGAGGGGAACACUCAGUGUACAGUGUAAUAUGGUAAACACUGAUGGUAAACAUCACGAAUCGGUGUAACCGGCCUGCACUUAGUGAGAAUUGCCAGAAAAACCCUUGAAACUCAUUGCAUGAGCUGCUCAUCCGAACUUAUUACUUGUUUCGACAUAAAGAAAUGUAAAUUACAUGUAUGUAAGUAAAGACAGACAAAAAUUCAA